CCGCUGUUGCGCCUCCAUCUCCAACCGCCACGCUGACGGUGUUGAUCUCGCGAGAAGAUAAUUAGGAAGCGUCACUCGCAUGCGCAUUUCACGAGUGUUGUUGUGUGUUGUUGUUGUAGCGGCUAACCUGCUGCUGCUGCUGCUAAGUUGAGUCAGCUAAGAAUGGAAAUGUCCGGAGCGGCACUCUGCGCCGUGCUUCAGGUUCUUCUCUCAGUGGUGUCCGCACAGUCGUCGCCUCGGCAGCUGAAUACGGAAACCAUCUUGAUUAACGUGACAGCAGGGACACUGGCGGACACACAGCUGCAGGACUCCAACAACUUGCAGAUCAAUUUCAACAUAUCGGUGGGUGAAGAGCAGGUGUUGAUCAAUGACGUCCCGGUGGAGCUGUCAGGGGUCACCAGAUUCACCUGUCAGGCUCUUUUCUUGGACAGCAACAAUGGAAGCAGUGAGUUUGAAUCUGGGGACACGGUGUCCACUGUCACCCGGGUGAUGGUGAGCCAGAACCGGCUGUACAGCAGCUCAGAGGAGGUGGUGGCUCUACAGGUGUUCAGUGAAGUGAUAGAGAUGGAGGGCAAAGAGGUCCAGCAGCCCGAGAUGUGUGAGGUGAAGAUCCUGAUGAGCCCAGAUUUCCAGAAGCUGGCUCAGUUUACCAACAUUUACCCAAUUGGUCACAGCGAGAUCUUCAGGGUCCCCAGGGAAAACGAUGUGGUCGUCACUGAUCCACCAAAUCCUCAAAAAAAUGAAGAUCAGCUGAUCUCUCAGACCACCAGCCAGUACCCCCUGAAGCACACAGAGACCACCCAGGAAGAGACUGCAGCUCCUGGCAAGCUCCCAGAGACCCCUCUGCGUAUGGACCCCGACCUGCUGUAUGGUGUCCGAUAUGACGAAUUCGAUGACCAAGAAUCAAGCCAGCCAGAUCGCAUUCAGAUGGAAACUCCACCCAAAGAGCUGAUAUCAUCUUAUUCGGCCAUGUGUCAGUGGAUGGAGCAAGUGAGGGAGCGUCUGAGGAAGUUUUGCUCCGAGUCCCUGCCUCUCUUCUUCCUAGUGAUGUGGGUGGUGGUGAUCGGCGUUGUCGGAUCAGCUGUCAUAGUCAAAAUCCUGGACAUGUUUUUCCCAACAUGUGAACACAAGCACAUUUUUCACAUGAACCCUGUCACUCUAAUGCCAGAGGAUGAGAAGCACACACUGUUGGAGAGCAUAGAAACAGAAGCAGAGGGAGAAGAGAAGAAGCCUUGAAUGAGAAUUGACUUGGCCAUUCCCUUUAUUUUCAAGUUGUUCUUGUUUUUUCUUUAACCUUUGCGGCUUGUUUUUCAUUUUCAGGAUGGUUUUGUCCUUUGCUCAUACUCAGAUUUGUGAACCACCAGCUUUUCACUUUAGUUACCCUCCAACAACAUUAGCCACAGAACAGGGGCUGGUUUAAAUCUGUCAAAUUGACUAUCUCACUCUGCUGGUUUAAUGCUGGUCUAGGUGAUUCCUUCACAUUCAGUCACAUGUGGAACAGAAAGUUAGUGGGCCACAGUACUGGAUCAAGUUGAUACAAUGUGUUGCAGUCUGCUGAAUCUCACUGUGUUUGUGAGCAACUGUGCAUUCGGCCGAUUUUUUGCACAGAAAAUCACACUCUUUGCUCGUGUGAUUGGUCAGACAGAGUUUGUGAAAAGCCACUUAUAUUAAAUCACAAUCUUAAUCUUUCCAUUUAAGUAGCUCAGUCACAAGUUACCUUUUAUUUGCAUUGACCAAAAGUACUUAGCUUUUCUAACUUCCAAAUUAUUCCAGAACAAAGUGGCUCAUUCUACCAAAUUUUUAGUCAAUGUUUUAAAUGUGAAUGUCCAUUUACCACCUGUUCUUUAUGAAGAUCAUGUGAUGUGAUCCACAGCUUUGAGCUCUGAAGCUUUUAAAGGAGUAGUUAGACAUUUUGCAAAAUAUGCAAAAUUGCUAAACUCAGCUCGCCUUGUGCAUAUUAUAUAUUCUGUACGAAGAUGAAAGCAUUAAAAAUGACAACUUUUGUGGGGGGUUAUGCACUACAUUAUAAUUUGGCUGGGAAGAGUGACGUCUCACCAUGAGUCUGCCAAGUCCGUCACCUUAAUAAAAAAAAUAUUUUACAACAAAUUUCAUUACAAUUAAUGUGAACACAAUCCACUGGUGGUCAGAGUAGCUUUUACUCAAAUUCUCCCACCUGAGAAAUUGAAAAAUGAUUAUUUUCUUAUUUGCCCUCUGCUAGACCAUAAGCCAAACUAUUGUUUGUUGACUGAAAAUAUAUCUUUGCUCAAACACAUUGCAGAUGGAAUAUUUGAUCCAAGCAGUGACCCUAGUCAGCAAAGACUCCAGGAAUUCAGCAGUUACUUUGCUAAAAUGUAAAACUGAGACAAUAGAACAUAUCCUCAGAGUUUGAAUAUUAGUUGUUCAAUGACAGUUAAGGAAUAUUGAUUCACUGAUAAAGUUCAAAAGUCGCAUGUCGCCUUCAUACUGACACUGUUUGGUCAAUGUUUUCUUUACAAGUAUUUUCUCUUACUGAACAGCUAAAGAAAUGACAACAAAUGACCUUAAACAAAUUUAGCAUUUUAGGGGCUGCACCCAGUGAAUUAGAGUUUUUAUGUUCACGGAAAAGAGUUUCUAUAUGCAGCAGUUCUGCACAUGUUUAUCUCACAUUUGUUUUCUCUUAAAAAGUACCCCAUUGCUGAGAAAAAAACAUCUGGAGGACAGCAAAUGCACCACCGGGAGUUUAUUUGAAAUAUAUUAUAUUUUAUAUCCUGUCGUCCUUUAAUUGAAAACAAGAUGAAUACUUAAAACAAUCAUGUUUAAGUAUGUUGUCUCUGAUGAAGUAAGGUAAUACCUCAUCACACUGUAAUUUGUGAUCAGUGAUUGUGUCCCUCUCACCACUUUAAAAAUGGAUCUGAAUGUCACUUCUGAGAAGAACACAUCCCAAUCCUGAGGUUCGUAUGUGGAUUGUCAUUCUUCACAGUGCCUUAGUGCCUGUUUGAGGGAUUAUAUAUUAUUUUACUUUGGUUGAUUCAUGUUAACACAUGGAGAAUGUAAGUGGAGUUGUUGAUAUUGUCUAUGCACUCUAAAUGUAUUAUUGACUGAUAUCAAUGUGUUUGCACAAGAAAUGAAUUCAAAGUGGAAAAUAUAACAGCGAUUGAGCAAAAGCAUAAAUGAAAUUCUGCUCAGGUUUUGAGGUAAAUUAUUUUGAUGUUUGUGGCGCCCCCCCAUGAGUUUAGUUUGAUUUAUGUUUAUUGAAUGAGUCCUUCAGUAGUUAUUAACAAUUUGCUGUCAAGCCCCGCCCCUGAGAAACUUUUUUGAUGUAUAGCAGCCAAAUUUUAAGUUGCACAGUGGCGUUGUGUGGGGCGGAGCCUCUCAAAAAUGGUGUUUGUGGGGCAUCAUCUUUCAUGUUUGUAGCACCUCCCACCUCAUGGCAAUUUGAGCUGCAGCAUAAAGCAAGAGACAAGAACAAGAAUGGCACUGAGUAGAGGGCACACUUCUGCAAAGGAUGAACAAUCCUACACAUGAUUGGCCCGUAGCCAAAGAAGAAUGAAGUGUUCUCAUAACCGUAACAAUUUAUUUGUGAGAGAAUAGUUAAAGUGAAAAACAGAUCCUGGAUCUGGCCCUUACUCUGCAUGUGCACCAAAAUGUAAUGGUCCUCCCAGGCCCAGCCACCAUCACUCCGACCUUCUCGGUGGUAAUUGAUUUAGAUUUUUUGGGGUAAAUAAAACUAGCAUCUGAUGCAAGGGGAAACAUAACCCCCUUCAUAAUAGCAACAAACUGACACAAAGUAAAUUGAGGUUCUACACAUUUGGAGUUAGAAUCCUGAUUAUUACAAAGAGGGAAUCUGCACUUAGGGAAUGAAAACCUGAGAACAACCUGCAUGAAUAUUUGUCUUUACUCUGUUUAGUGGUAAAACUCAUCAAUAAGUCAGAAUGACUGAGAUGAUAAAUCUCCUGUUAGAGACUAGGCUGGGCUCAAGGCAGGUGAACGUGGGUUUUAUUAUUUUGAAACUCACCAAAUCACAACUGGGUUUUUGUUUUUCAGAACCUUUGUAACGCUUGAAAAAAACCCAGCACUCAUUAAACAUCUGCUUGUGUAUCAGCCACAGGACACGUCUAUCCCCAGGGUUCUGUUCAGCUGCAGGAUGCAUGAUGUGCUGCAUUACGGUGCAUGUGUAGCUAGUGAAUGCAGCUUGCUGUUCUGUCAGUAAACCAUACAUUAAAACCAGGAAACUGCAUGAUGACUCAAAACAACCCAACCUGUUUCUUUCAAGUGUAUGCCUGAAAAUCCAAAGUGACACACUCCAAUCAAUUAGGUGCUGUAGAUGACACUAAUUUAGCCUGUAAGGCGACCAAUGAGUCAGGCAUGGAUUCAGAUGUGUUGCUGAAGAAUAAAACAAAUGUGUUUUGAUUUGA